AUGUGUUCCAAAAAGGAGCUUGCUUCCCCCAAACGUCCUGGUCAAGAGCCAUGGAGUGGUUUGGGAGCCAGUGGCCACGAAGACGAGCGGUUAGGAUGCAUUCCAGCAGCUUUAGCUGGGGAAUCCCACCAGAGGCGAAUUCAAAAGAUCCUCUCAGGCAUUGAAGGCGGUGAUAUUCCUUCUAGCGCAUCAGAGUUUGAAGAUUUUUUUGUGGAUCUACUUCGAGCGGCAGGGAACUACCGUGGUGGUGGACAAUUGCGAAUACAGCGACUGACAACUUUUUUGGCGCACGACAGGGCGUUUUCCACGACUACAUUACCAUUCUUGGCGAGUGUUGCGAUGCGUAUACAGGUUCUCUUCCCACAGGGACUGAAGCACAUGACGAGGUUGAGGCAGUCGACUCAUUUGCGACGAAUUCAAGUACUUUGCUUGAUGGCUGCGAGUUUCUUCGGAAUAAUUCCUCAAAACCAGCGGAAGCUGUUGCGCGCCUGGGGUAGGUUGCGUCUCAAUGCGCUGGAUAUGCAUCACCGGGGGUUCCUUGAGCGGGAGCCGAAGCUCAAGGCUGCUCUGAUAUACUUCAAUAGCAUGAGGAAAACCAUGGGCACCUGCUGGCAGCAGAUGCUCAAGGACAGUGACUUCACACAGGCUAGGUGCACAGCUACCUGUUUGUGUCAAGAGAUCACAUUCGAUGGCAAGACACGAAAUGUUUCCCCCGCUGACGAAAUUAUCAGCUUUUACUUGCACACUCCGGCGGCCACCACUUUUGAGGGGCCGGAAGGAGAAAGUGUGUCUCGAGACGAAGUCGACGUCAAUACAAUCAUUACUCAGCCGCUUCCACUCCCAGACGCAACGGUCGAUAUUUAUGGAGAUAUCACGAAGAGCGAUGGAGACCUGCAGGUCGAUUUUGCAGACAUGUAUGUUGGGGGUCUAAGCAUGUGGGAAGGCCACGUUGCCCAGGAAGAACUGAUAUUUGCGCUGAGGCCCGAGUUACACGUGAUUAUGCUGUUCAUGAGCGCCAUGAAGGAUGAUGAGGCAGUUGUCGUGAAGGGCGCUGAGAGUUUCGUUCUGUAUUCAGGUUACGAAGGUACCUUUCAGGUGUUUCCUCCUGUGGUCCCCGUUGGCUCUCACUGGAGUAUCCAUGGCUACACUCCCUUGGAUUCGAUGGGACGACGCGAGACAACUGUAGUCGCUAUUGAUGCCAUCAUUGUUAAGAACGAAAGGGAGCAAUACUCCACCCCCAGCAUGAAGCGAGAGAUUCUCAAGGCAGCUCUUGGCUUUCAGGGCGACCCGUUUGAGGAUGCUAUUCAUGCAACAAGGGCUGGGGUAGCAACUGGGAAAUGGGGAUGCGUUAUAUUUGGCGGUGACAACGAACUGAAAACUCUUAUGCAGUGGAUUUCUGCCGCAGCUGCCGGGCGAGAGCUGCAUUACAAGGCAUUCGGGGACACGAGGUUAUCACACAUGCAGGUUACGCUGCAUGCGAUUCGUGAGAAGUUCCCCACCACUAGGGACCUCUUCGAAGCGAUCGUACAGAGCGUCCAGCAGAGGGAGGAGCGGCCUAACGGUUGUUGUAGCACAAUACUUUUGGCCAGUUCAGCCAUGGGCUCUAACAAUGAAUACGACCAACCCCGCGUGCCAACAGUGCUAGGCAGCGGGAUAUGUGCAAUUCCAAAUCCGGGUGGGAGGGCACAUCCAACAGGGGCUUGGGAAUCCUUACGUGACAGGUCGUAG